AUGAGCAAGAACCUUCUUACUGUCACGUCGUUGAACUUAGCAGUCGCUUCUGUCCUGCUGACCAUCGCGAACUCGUCGCACCAAGAGCCGGAGUACAACGUGGACAGCCAAAAUGUGUGCAUCACCCCAGGCUGCGUACGAGCGGCCGCUGCUCUGCUCGAGAACAUGGACAAGGCAGUCGACCCGUGCACAAACUUUCACGAAUACGCCUGCGGCGCCUUCAAUAAGCGAGAACCGGGAGACGUGAUGAUCACAGAGGCGGCAGAAAAUGAAAGGAAAGUAUCCGCGGUCUUUGAUGCAGAGAAUCCGGACGCUGGUGCCUAUUCCGUGAGUAUGCUGUUGACAAAUUCCACUUGUUGCCGUUGCUUCAACUUGGCCAUGGGGAACCCGAAUUUGAUGGCAAUUCUGACGUCGAUGACCACCGCCGAAGUCCUGCCGUUCGUGAAGAAGGAAAUUGAGCGGAAAGGAGUGAUCACGAUUUGGCUGGACGAUUACGGUCUGCGCCUGGAAUCACGCGAGGAGUUUGUGGAUCGGUUAAAGAAUGAUCUAAACAUCACGGCUGAUCUGCUUGGCACCUCGGUGAAGUGGGGCGACGCUGACGUGCAGCGACAAUUCGAGGAGCUGGUCGAUUUUCAGAUGAAGGUUGAUGAGAUCGGCGAGGCGGCCGAAACUUUGGAACCAAUAAAAAACGUGACGUUCGGCCAGAUUCAGGCUUUCACAUCCCCGAUAAUCGACUUCCGGAAGCUGAUCGGCCCUCAUCUGCGGCGAGUCGAUUUAGAUGCUCUAGGGGAUGAGAUGCCAGUCGUAAUGCAGCAAGUUCCGGUGCAGGUUUUGAAGGAGUUGAUCCCGCUGUUUGACAAGACGAAAGAAGAAUUGUUGCGCAACUUUUUCCUCCUUGCCUGGGCGAAAAAGAUGCGCAUGGCCGUCGAGACGCUGAACGGGGGAAACUGCUUUAAAUGGACUGUUGCAUCCUACCAAUACGUCGUCGACCACGCAUUCCUCGCUCGGUACCGAGAUCCGGCCGAUGUUUUGGCAGGAAAGGAGGUGAUGAAAAAAAUUCAAAAAGCCUACGUGGAUGUGGUGAACGAGAAUGGGUGGCUGGGCCCGGAGACGAAGCAGUACCUGAUUGGAAUGGUUGAAACCGCCCAGCCGCUGUUUGGGCACACCGCGGAAAUGUCGAAUGCUACCAUGAUCGACGAGCUUUAUGACCGGGGCUACGGCGCGAAUUUGACUGCCUUCGUCGACGUGCUGUUCAACGGCCGGUCAGAGCUGACCAUCGGGCGUCCGCUCAUGCCAGCCCCACAGAUGGUCGGCCGAUUGUUGGAGGACAAUACCGUUGAACUCGGCUCGUUCUUCUUUGCGCCCCCCUACUUUUCGCGCGAUUGGCCGCUGGAGCGCCGGUUUGCUGGGCUUGGAACCACGAAGUGCCUGGCCGACAAGUUUGGCGCAAUUGUAUACGCGAAUGAAUGGCUGAACUUUUCAAUUCAGCACCACGGCAAUUUUUCGCUGCGAGAGGCAACCGCCGAUCUGAACGGGUUUAAAGUGGGGUUUAGGGCAUUCCUGAACGAGAAGAAGCGCCUUUUCGACAAUGAGCCGCCACGAUGGCCCGGGUUUACCAAGUAUACCCCCGAGCAGAUGUUCUUCCUCAGUGGCGCCCAGAUGUACUGCGGCAGAUUGCGCGGGCCUGCGACCCCGAAUGAUAUGCAAUUCAAUGACCCUCACCCGCAGCCGAUCUACCGUCUGAACUUUGCCUACCAAAACCUUGCACCGUUCGCCAACGCUUUUCGCUGUCCGCUGGACUCGCCGAUGAACCCGAAGAAGAAGUGCGGCCUUUGGCGUCACAGGAUGCUCCUA